ACUAAUAGUAAUAUAUUACUGGAACCCACACACAUACCUGCACAUACCUAUCAACAAAGAGUACUAAAAAACUAAAAUCUUUAUAAUUAAUAAUUAUUUAUAUAAGGAUAGAGGUAGAGUAGAGGACUGUUUACUGUUGUAAAGUUAUUGAAGUUAUUAUUUAUGUGCUUAAUCUGGUUUAAUCAGAAACGUAUUUGUUUGAUCAGUAGUGUUUAAUCACUACGUUCUAGUUUUUAAUUACCGCAGCAAUAAUGAAUAAUUCUGCAGCAAAGGUUGGGGAAAUUUUUACUGAAGCUGGUGCAGCUUUUAAUAAGUUAGCAGAAAUGACAAUGUUAUUGCAUCCUCUUGCAGAAUCAUCUCCUAGGUGACGAAGACCCAUUCAGUAAUCCACAACCAAGUACAUCUGGAACCCAAAAACAAACUACUUUAGAUGAAACAGUAAGUGACUUUUCUAGUGACGAUUCUGUGGCCGAUCCUAACUACUCUCCAGGCAGUUCUAGCUUACUUACACAACAUAAAGAAAUGGAAAUUGCUGUUCCUAAUGCAUCAGUGGGUAUACAUAUAAUGCCAGACAAUGAGACACCUGAAAAAAUUGGGGAUAUUUCAUUGCUACAAUAAAACCAACCAGUGUCCUGUAGAAAAAAGAAGCAAGAAAACAAAUUAAAAAGAAAUCUUGGCCAAUUUUAUGUGACAGCUUCUGGGAAAACUAUUGGAAAACGUCAAAUAAAGGAAUUACCUAACUGUCGGAAUAAGUGCCGACAGAUAAUAAGUGAUGAGCAGCGCGCUUUGAUACACAAGGAGGUUUGGAAUCUUGGGUCUUACGAUUUAAGGGCAGCAUUCAUUUCAUCUUUGAUCACUAUUCAAGAGAAAAAAACUGAAUGUCUUCGAGUCGAAGAUCCUGACAAACAAAAAUGUAGACAGUACACUUACAAGUAUCAUUUCAAUGUCAAUAGUGAAAAAAAAUAUCGGUGUGUCAAGGGUUUUUUUUAAAAACCCUAUCAAUAAGUGAUAAUUUUGUUAAACUAAUUGGGUUGAAGAAACAUAGCAGCUCAUGUGGAAUUAUAAAAACAGACAAACGUGGGAAGAAUACACCACCGAACAAACAUUCUGAACAAAAAAUUGAAGAGGGGAUUAAUCAUAUCAAUUCGUUUCCGCUUUAUGAAAGCCACUUCACUAGACGCAAAAGCACCCAGAAAUAUUUACCAUCGCAUUUGACAAUAUCAAAAAUUAUCUCUUUAUUCAACGUCACAUGAAAAUCCUGUAAGUGACAAGAUUUACUGUAGAGAAUUCCACAAAUUAAAUUUAAGUUUCAAAAAACCGAAAGUGGGCACGUCACACUUGCGACCUGUUUAAAAUGAAAUUAAACAUUGCUACGGACGAGACGAAAAAAUCUGCUCUUGUGACGCACACUUGCUAGCAGCUGAUAUGGCUUACAACGAGAAGAAAUUUGACAAAAAUACCGCAGUUACAGAUAAAAAAAUCAAGUGUCUGUCUUUUGACCUACAACAAUGCUUGCCAACCCCAGCUUUGCAAUUAUCUGUAGCCUUUUACAAAAGACAACUUUGGACCUUUAAUCUUACGAUACAUGACAACGGAACUGGAAUAUCAACGCACCACAUGUGACAUGAGGGAAUUUCGGAUCGAGAAGCUAAUCAAAUAGUCUCUUGUUUGUUUUUAUAUUGGACUUUAAAAGAACUUCCUGAAGAAGUUUCAGAAGUAAUUUUGUACUCUGAUACUUGCGGAGGACAAAGUAAGAACAUCCAUGUGGCUGCAAUGUUUACCUACUUGUUGUCAGUAAAACCCUCUAUUAAGUUAAUAAAUCAUAAAUUUAUGGUACCUGGUCAUACACAUGUGGAGGUGGACUUGGACCAUGCAAUUAUAGAAAAAAAAAAGAAGAAAAAAACUGAAAUUGAAAUUUAUCACCCACAUGAUUGGAUGCAAUUAGUCAAGUCGAGUAGCAAAAAAAUUACGUAUUUAAAUAAUUUGCGGCAAGCUGAUUUUUUUGACUUCGCCGUAUUAUUGAAAGGGCCGUUAGUAGCCCGAAAAAAAGACGAUGAUGGAAAUAUUUUCAAAUGGCAUGAUGUGAAGUGGCUGUGUUACGAAUCUGAGUAUGGCGUCAUAAAAUACAAAAAAUGUCUGUCAAGAGAUGAAUGUUUCAAUACCAUUAAUUUCAAACGGAACACGCGACGAGAAAAGGAAUUUAAUUUCAUGCAGAUUACUGCAAAGUCGGUACCAAUAAGCAUUGAAAAAAAAACGUGACAUAAUAUCACUUUUACAUUUAAUACCGGAAUGAUUCCAUAAUUUUUACCAGUAUUUAAUAACUGCUGCAGACACAACUGACGUUGAUCCAGAUAUAUCAAAUUCUGAAGAAAGUAGCUUUUAGUUUAUUAUUACAGCUUAACUAAUAAGCAUUAUUAUAAUUAUUAAAUAUUAUUGAUAGUUCAUUUUUAUAUUCUUAAACAUUAAUAAGCUACAUAGUUGUAUGGUACAGUAAUAAACAUUUAAGUUGCGAUUUCUUUGCGCUCAUAAAAACUUAAGUCACAUAUUUCAGAUAAUAAUAAAUAAGUUUAAAAUAUACCAAAUUUAACGUGUAACUAGUUCGUGAUUAUGU